GCUCCACGCCUCGCAAUCGCAGUGCUCCACGAGUCCACGUAACGCCCUGUUUUUUUUGUGCCCGUGCUUGCCACGGUGAUUAGAUCGUAACGGCCCCCUUAUUAAUUAACCGAUCGAUUAGAUUAACGGAGACCGAUCAACCCACCGGGAUUUGUGUCUUCUGUGUGUGUCCCCUACCCGGCGCGUGUGUGUAUAAAUAUCACAGCAUCACAACCAGCGGCGGUGGAAGCUGAGGCCAUGGCGCCCGCCGCGUUCGACGCCGAGGCCGGCGGCCCGGCGACCGUGGCCCCGGCAGGGAACGGCGCCCACCACCACGCCGCCAAGCACGGCCCCGGCCCGGACGCCGGCGCCGCCUUCGUGCUCGAGUCCAAAGGGACGUGGUGGCACGCCGGGUUCCACCUGACGACGGCGAUCGUGGGUCCGACGGUGCUGACGCUGCCGUACGCGCUGCGGGGGAUGGGCUGGGCGCUCGGCCUCACCACGCUCUCCCUAAUCGCCGCCGUCACCUUCUACGAGUACUCCCUCAUGUCCCGCGUGCUCGACCACUGCGAGGCCCGCGGCCGCCGCCACAUCCGCUUCCGCGAGCUCGCCGCCGACGUCCUCGGCUCCGGGUGGAUGUUUUACUUCGUGGUCAUUGUGCAGACGGCUAUCAACACUGGCGUUAGCAUCGGCACCAUCCUGCUGGCGGCAGAUUGUAUUGAGAUCAUGUACUCCAGCAUUGCUCCAAAUGGUCCCCUAAAACUGUACCACUUCAUCAUCAUGGUGGCCGUGGUGCUGGCCUUCCUGUCCCAGCUACCAUCAUUCCACUCGCUGCGGCACAUCAACUUCGUAUCACUACUCCUAAGCUUGGGCUACACGAUCCUUGUGUCUGCUGCUUGCAUUGGUGCAGGGUUGUCAAAAAGCUCUCCCGCCAAGGACUACUCUCUAAGCUCAUCCAAGUCGGAGCAGACCUUCAAUGCCUUCCUAUCCAUUUCCAUCCUGGCCUCCGUUUUCGGCAACGGUAUACUGCCAGAAAUCCAGGCCACGUUGGCGCCACCGGCCGCCGGGAAGAUGAUGAAGGCGCUAGUGCUUUGCUACUCCGUGAUAGGCUUCACCUUCUACCUCCCCUCAAUCACCGGGUACUGGGCAUUCGGCAGCCAGGUCCAGUCAAACGUCCUCAAGAGCCUCAUGCCGGACUCUGGCCCGGCCCUCGCGCCCACCUGGCUGCUGGGCCUCGCCGUGCUCUUCGUCCUCCUCCAGCUCCUCGCCAUCGGGCUCGUGUACUCCCAGGUGGCAUACGAGAUCAUGGAGAAGAACUCGGCUGAUGUGACGCGGGGCAAGUUCUCGCGCCGUAACCUGGUGCCGCGGCUGCUGCUCCGGACACUCUACCUGGCCUUCUGCGCCUUCAUGGCCGCCAUGCUGCCCUUCUUCGGCGACAUCGUCGGCGUGGUCGGCGCCGUCGGGUUCAUCCCUCUGGACUUCGUCCUCCCCGUCAUCAUGUACAACAUCGCGCUCGCGCCGCCGAGGGGGUCCCUGAUGUACAUCGCCAACACGGCCAUCAUGGUCGUCUUCGUUGGGGUCGGGGCCAUCGGCGCGUUCGCGUCUAUACGGAAGCUCGUGCUGGACGCCGGCCAGUUCAAGCUCUUCAGCAACAACGUUGUCGAUUGAAGUAUGUAUAUAGCUAGAUUCUAGCUAGCUUGCUAGGUGCCUAGUUCCUUAAUUUCUUGGUGUGCUAGUGCUCUAGCUAAUUAAUUACUCUUAAUUAGUAUUUCUGUUUUACUUCGAAGAGCUAAUUAAGUCGUACAUAUGGUUUGCACGUAUACGCUGCAUCGGGUGUACAUUAAGGGUACAAUAUUACGUACUGCAGUACUGGUCAUGUAUGUAGUUUGUUACGAAAAGGUGCAAAUAAGGAAUAGCCAUACAAGUAAAUGUAGAACUUGACCAAAAGACAAUGGGGCGAUGCCUUUUUAUGACA